AUGACUGGCAACCCCUCAAUAUCUGAGACGGUUGCAACAUACAUGACGAGCCUCAGGACACGAAAGGUCCAUGCCAGAGAAACACCCACAAGCGCCUGUGCAAUCACUUCAGACAUUCUUGAACAACUAUUUGACUUCAAUCAUCUCCCCGAGAACUGGAACAUCAAGGAUUACAAUCCCCGAUCUCGCUUGCAGAAGGAGAACUUGCACCAGUGGGGUGGACCACUUGCUCGACAUGCGUUGAGUGCAAUCUAUGCCAUCACCUUUCUGUGCUUGCUCCGGUCAGACGAAGUCUUGAAAAUACGACGUGAAUACAUUGAGUUCAACAAGAAUGGGGUGACACUCACCUUACCGUUUCGCAAGACUCAUAAGGAUGGAGGGAUUCAACCAUUCCCUAUUCAAGCCCUACCGGAGGAGGAAGCACAUCUCUGCCCUGUCCGUGCACUCGGCGAGUGGAUGAAUGCCAGUAAGAUAAUGACAGGGUACAUGUUUCGAAAAAUAGUUUCCGGUGACUGGCCAUCCUCCCAGGAUAUACCAAUGACCUCUGAACAAUUCCUCGAGAUGUUCCGAAACAAUCUGCUGGAUCUUGAUAUUGACCCUUAUCCUUAUGGCACUCACUCAUUCCGGCGUGGUGGGUGUCAAUAUCUAGCAUCUCAGCGCCGGUGGACAAUACGCCAGAUCUGCAGCUGGGGUGGCUGGAGCCUCGAAUUCUCGAACCUCACUAUUGUCCGUUAUCUCAUUUCAUGGAACGACAAUCCUACCGAACGCCGCGAGGAUUUGUUCAAUCCAACACGACCACCUGCUCUCAAAUGCUACCACUGUGGGAGAAGCUGUCAUUGUGCAUAA